CGUUGCCAUGGAAGUUCCUAUUCCAAACACGUUACAAUACAUUAGCAGCUGAAACGCAUGUGACAGAAAGAUCGUUUUUGCUAGAAGAGCAGAAAUUGAUCAUACAACAUUUUCUCACGCUCUAAGAGAGAAUUCGAAGACAAACAGUUUCCAGAAUCGAAGGGCAGAAUUCAGAACCAAGACUGCUGUGGAAUCUGACAUACCAAGAUGGUGGUGAUGCUGAAUCAGUGCUGCUGCGGCUGUGAGCUGAAAACUGGAACGAUCAUAAUAGGAGUUCUCGAUGGGAUAGCAGCUCUCUACUCCCUUGUUACUAGCAUUGUUGCAGCAUCGGCUGCAAUUGUAGUCGGCGAUAAAAAUCAAAGCUACUUGGAGACGGUUGCUACCCUGUCCAUAGUAUUGGCAGUGUUCUCUGCUCUGCUCCUGCUGGUUUCCAUCUGCCUCCUUGUAGGGGCAGCAAAAGAAAAACCAUCUCUGUUGAUUCCAUGGAUGGUCUACUCCCUUGUUUUCAUUGUAGAGAAUACUGUUGUGAACAUAUACUACGCAGUUCAGUACAUCGGAAUGAGCGAGGGGGUGAUCGCCGCCGGAGUUAUUAUUGGGGCCAUUGUACACCUACUGCUCCAGGUCUACUUCCUCCUUGUGGUGUACAGUCUGUUCAGAGAACUGAAGAGAACAUCGCCCUCACCUGACCCUUGAAACUUCACACUCACAGGCACUCAGAUUUGGAAUCUCCAGCGCAUAUAUCGUUACAAAGAGCCUGAGUCCUCUCUUAAACAUCUUAAACUGUGCCUUAAGCAGUAAACACACACGAAAAUAAUAAUUAUAAAGUGAUAUAGACAUAUUCAGUUUAUUCCUAUAAAUUUAAAGAACUGUGAAAAUCAUAUACACAUAACAGAGCAAUUGAAAUGUUCUUAGAAAUUUGUGACGGUGCUCAUGUCAUAGAAAUUCUGUAAUAUCUACACGAUAUUCGAACAUGAAUUGAUUUUGUUUUCUGGUGUUUGUAAUGUGUUAUCCCGUUUAUGAACACUAUCAGGCUAAUCUAUUCGUUUUGAAAAAAUCAAGUACCAAUUAUUGAUCUUUCUAUGGACAUUCAAAGUACGACAAACUACAAUGACAUUCUGGAGUAGGGUUAGAGAGAAAAUAGAUUCUAAAGAGUUCUGACGGUCGUGUAUAACACUUGGAAUUACUAAGUUUUCGAACUUUGUCCCUUGUGCGGUAUUUUAAAGAACACAGCGUUUCUGAACCUGGAUCUGUUUCCGUCCUCAGAUGAAGGGUGGGAGCCACCUGAACUGCUGGUCCGUUACAAGGAUCUAACCUCGAUCACUGGACAGUCUACGUACAACCAUUAUCAAAAUUUCUAUUGGAUGUUCUCUGAUGUCUCCCGUUGACAAAUCCUGAUCUCAGAUGUACGUGAUGCAGCUGUAGUUGUGUUGUCAUAGGCAGACCAGUGGUUGAGGUUAGCUGUCUUUAAAGUAAUCAACAGAGUAGGCGUCC